AUGUCGUCUUCAACCUCUCGAGAUUCAAGGGUUGACAGCAGCGGCUUUGCCGACAAGAACUGGAAGAACAAGGAACGAGAGUACGGGUCUGUUGACGUGAGUAGGAAGGCAAAAGAACCCAUGGAAGAAGGCCUGGAAAAAAGCAAACAAAAAGCAGAGGAAGUGAAAGACACAACCAAGGAGUAUGCACAGGAAGCGAAAGAGAAGACAAAGGGCGCAGCGGAGAUGGUGGCAGAGAAGGCAAAACAGGGAACAAACAGAGCAGCCGAGACAGCAGAGAGCGCCAAGGAGAAAGCCAAAGACUACUCGUACGAGACAAAAAAGAAGACCAAAGAUAUGGCGGAGACUGUAGCGGAUAAGGCAAAAGAGGGGACUUACAAGGCCGCAGAGACGGCGGAGACGGCAAAGAAGAAGGCGAAAGAGGGCGCAUGGGGGGUGAAGGAGAAAACAGAGGAUGUAGCCGAAACGGGGGCGGAGAAGGUGAAGGAGGGGACGAGCAAGGCGGCAGAGACGGCGAAGGAUACAGUGAAGGGGGCGUGGGGUGCGGUGAGGGAGACAGGGCAGAAGAUUAAGGAGACGGUGGUUGGGGAGCCUGAUGAGGAGGUGGGGGUUGGGGUUUUGGAUGAGGACACUAGAGACAGUGAAGAUGAAAUUCAUGUUGAUGUUGAUGGUGAUGGUGUGGCGGAAGGGAAGGUGGUGGGUGCGGAUGUUGUGGAACGCAGGCGGCGUGCUGCCAAUCCUGAUGGGAAGAAGAAAUAUUGA